GCGGAUGUGCGGACAAGCGGGCGAGUAUGCAAGGGGGCGAGCGAGCAAGGAUACGAGUGGGUGGGUGAGUGGAAGAGAAGGUGAGCAGGAAAUCGGGUGGGUGCGAGCGAGAGGGCAGGCGGGCAAGAGAGAAAACGAGCAAGAGGGAAAGUGGGCGCCACAGAGUGCGGACGAGCACUACACGCACGGCGACCGUGAGCGUGCCGGGCGAAUGCCCAGCACGCAAGCACAGUCGACGAACGGAAUGCA